AUGGCGAAAGCAGUCGCAGGUCAUGACGUUGCGGCAAGUGAGAUUGCGAAGGUUUCCGAGAUCACUCGUCUUCUAGAGCAAGACACGACGCCAUGGUACAGAAAGAACAAUCUUCGAAGGCUGUACAUGUUCCUGGUGCCUUCUGCUCUUGGUGUGGAGAUGACGUCGGGCUAUGAUGGCAGUGUCCUGAACGGACUCCAGGCGGUCCAGCCAUGGCAAGACUAUUUUCAUACUCCGAAUGGAGCACUGUUGGGUGUGAUGACCGCCGCCUUCUCCAUUGGGGCUGUGCUUGGGCUGCCUUUGGUGCCAUACAUCAAUGAUCGGUAUGGUAGAAAGGCUUGUAUUGUGACUGGGAGUGUGAUCAUCACGAUUGGAGCUAUAUUGCAGACGGCAUCAGUGAACAUUGCAAUGUUUCUCAUCGCCCGAAUCAUCCUCGGCAUGGGCAUUGUGUACGCAAUUAGCGGUGCCUCCCAACUCCUCUCCGAGUUGUCAUAUCCAAAGGAAAGGUCUGUGAUCACAGGUCUCUUCAAUGAAAGCUGGUAUGCAGGAGCAAUCAUCGCUGCAGGGGUGACGCUUGGAACAUUCUCGUGGAAAAGCGACUGGAGCUGGCGACUACCCUCAUUGCUGCAACUCCUGCCUUCGACACUGCAGCUGACGUUUAUAUGGUUUGUUCCUGAAUCACCUCGUUUCCUCAUUUCACGAGACCGUCACGAGGAGGCGUUGGAGAUAUUGAUCAAGUACCACGCCGAAGGCGACCGUGACAGCCCCUUGGUCGCGGCGGAAUUUCAUCAAAUCCGUGAGACCAUCCGCAUGGAGUUGGAAAGCACUAAGACCCCAUGGAAGCACCUUGUGGCUAGCAGCGUUAACCGCAGACGGAUCAUCAUCGCGGCCUGCGUGGGCACGUUCUCGCAAUGGUCAGGCAACGGAUUGGUCUCGUAUUACCUCUCUCGGGUCCUCACCUCGAUUGGAAUAACUGAGAAGAGGACGCAGAACGAGAUCAAUCUUGGGCUGGCUUGCUGGAAUCUUGUCACCGGUGUGAUUAGUGCAUUUCUGGCACACAGGCUUCCACGUCGUCGCCAGUAUCUUAUCUCUUACAGCGCUAUGACGAUAAUGUUUGCCUGUUGGACAGCAGCAUCAGCCACGUAUGCGAAAGAUCACACGAACCACCAUGCGGCAAUCGCUGUGGUUGCACUCAUUUUUAUAUACUAUGCCUUCUACAACCUCAUGAUGCCGCUUACCUACAUUUUUAUCUGCGAGGUGUUCCCAUUUCUUCACCGCAGCAAAGGUGUGGCGAUAACACAAUUCUUCUCCCGAGGAAGCUCUGCUUUCAACCAGUUUGUGAAUCCAAUUGGGCUGCAGAACAUUGCAUGGAAAUACUAUCUCGUGUAUGUUGUCUGGCUGGCCUUCGAGACUACGACAAUAUUCCUCAUAUAUCCCGAGACAAAAGGACCAAGUUUGGAAGAAAUUGCAGUAGUCAUGGAGGGCGAUAAAGCCAACGUUGAGGUGAUUGAGAUCGGCGCGAUAGCUGGAAAGGGGGGUCCAGGGGUCCAAGAGGUAGAAAAGGCCUAA